CAUGGAGACCACAGAUCAUGACACUCUCCAGGAUGGAGCCACAUCCUCAAGCAGUCAGAGGACCACUGAUGAAGACAGUCUUUUGCUGAUUAAAGCUGCUGAAGAGGGAAAUGUUGACAGGAUCCAGCAAUUGCUGGACAGAGGGGCUGAUGUCAAUGUCUGUGAAGACAUCGGGGGUUGGACACCUUUGCACAAUGCAGCACAGCUUGGCAGGGUAGACAUUGCAGAUGUCCUGCUUCGUCAUGGUGCUGACCCUCACAGGAGGAAGAAGAAUGGGGCCACUCCCUUCAUCAUCGCUGGGACCCAUGGAGACGUGAGACUGCUCCAGAGAUUCCUCUCUGAAGGAGCAGAUGUCAAUGAGUGUGACAUCAAUGGCUUCACGGCUUUCAUGGAAGCUGCCGAGUAUGGUAAAGUAGAAGCCUUAAGAUUCCUUUUUGAUAAGGGAGCCGAUGUGAAUUUGAGACGGGAGACAACAGAGGACAAAAGGCGACUGAAGAAAGGAGGGGCCACAGCUCUCAUGAGUGCUGCUGAAAAAGGCCACACAGAAGCCUUGAGUGUUCUCCUCAAUGACAUGGGGGCAGAGGUCGAUGCCCGGGACAACAUGGGCAGAAAUGCCUUGAUCCGUACUCUGCUGAAAUCUGGUAGUGAAAAUGUGGAGGAGAUUACUCGCCUUCUGCUGCACCACGGGGCUGAUGCCAAUGUGAGAGGAGAAGGGGGGAAGACACCCCUGAUGGCGGCAGUGGAAAGGAAACACAAAGGCUUGGUAGAGAUGCUCUUGAGUCAGGAGGGCAUAAACAUUGACGACAGAGAUAAUGAGGGCAAGACAGCCCUGCAAUUUGCUGUUGAACUCAAACAGAAGAGAACAGUCCAGUUGUUAUGUGCUAAGGGAGCUAGUACCAGGUGUGGGGAUCUUGUUGGGAUAGCCAGGCGGAAUUAUGACACUUCCAUUAUGGAGAUUCUUUCCCAUUAUGGAGCUAAUGAUCAAAGUGUCCCUCCUGCUGGUGACUGGUUGCCUCACAGUUCGCGCUGGGGAGAAGCCUUGAAAAAACUCCACAGAGUGGAUCGACCCAUGAUUGGCAAACUCAAGAUCUUUCUAGAUGAUGAAUUUAAAAUUGCUAGCACUUCUGAAGGAGGCAUCUACCUGGGGUUCUAUGACAAUCGAGAGGCGGCUGUGAAGGUCUUUCGUGAGGACAGCUCACGUGCACGCAAUGAAAUCUCCUGUCUGCAGGGCUGCCGUGGCCACAGUAACUUUGUGACUUUCUAUGGAAGGGAGACCUACGACACCUGUUUAUAUGUGUGUCUGUCCCUGUGUGAGUGGAAUUUGGAAGAGUUCCUGGGUGGACACAGAGUGGAACCGGUGGAGAACGGAGAAGAUAAGUUUUCCCGCAAUGUCCUAUUGUCUGUUUUUGUGGCUGUUCAAAGACUACACUUGCAUGGAUUCUCUCAUCAGGAUCUAAAGCCCCCAAACAUUUUAAUAGAUGACAAGAAAGCAAUUCGCCUGGCAGAUUUUGAUCAGAGCGUCCAGUGCAUGGGAGAUCCAAGGGCGGUCAAAAGAGACUUGCAGGCCCUUGGACGGCUGGUCCUCUAUGUGGUAAUGAAAGGUGAAAUCCCCUUUGAGAUACUGAUGGCUGAAAAUAAUAUAAAGGUGGCAAAAAAGUCUCCAGACAAGGAGACUAAGGACCUCAUUUGUUGCCUGUUUUCCCCUGGAGAAAAUGUAAUGAACUGUCUGAAGGACCUGCUUGGCCAUCCUUUCUUUUGGACCUGGGAGAACCGCUACAGAGCACUUCGGGAUGUGGGGAAUGAAUCUGACAUCAAAAAACGAAAAAAUGAAAGUGAGAUUCUCAAACUACUGAACUUUCAGACACCUGAGCCUUCCAGAAAUUUCUAUCAGUGGAAAGAUGAGAUUGACCAAUAUGUCAUGAAAAGAAUGGAUGAUUUCCCUGAAAUGGAAUAUGGUAAGAAAAAUCCUUAUCGGAAUACUGUAGGCGAUUUACUGAAGUUCAUUCGGAAUAUGGGAGAGCACAUCAAUGAGGAUAAAAGCAAGGAUAUAAAGGAAAGAAUUGGAGACCCUUCUUGUUAUUUUCAGAGGACAUUUCCAGAUCUUCCCAUUUAUGUCUACAAGAAACUAAAGGACACAGAAUACAGAAAACAUUUUCCUCUGACUCAAUCAAGCCUCAGUGUGCCCGAGGCAGCAGGACCAGAGGACCUACAGACCUGA